AUGGCAGAGACUGGCGGCCACGAGCUGGGUCGAGAUCUGUGCCCAGGAUCCAGCGUCACUGCGAGGGGAAUCAUACAGCAUAUCUGGAGUGGUCUUGAACUACCCAGCCAUAUGCUGGAUGCAUUGCAUCUGAAGGGAAUAGGCCAUCUCCUCCCAACAUCUUUCAGAGUUGCAGACCUCGCUCAAGCUUUAAUUGCCCUUUCUGCCCUGACGGCGAGCUUAGUCGACGCAACUCACAACAGCAGCCAGACUCUAAGGUCAGUCACCGUAGAUCGUAAGCUUGCUGUCUGCGAGUUCGCCUCCGAGCAACUCUACUCCCUGAAUGGCAAGCCAGCACCUAGCGGCUGGGGACCUCUGGAAGGGCUGCACAAGACGAAGGACGGCUCUGUGAGGAUGCACGAUUCGUUCCCCAAUCAUCGCACGGCAGCUUUGAAGUUGCUUGGUCUGCCAGAAGGCGCAGCGAGAGAGGAUGUUGCAGCCAAAAUUGCGACAUGGAACGCCAUCGAUCUGGAAGCAGCAGCACAGGAGAACAAGGCUGUGAUGUAUGCACUGCGGUCUUAUGACCAGCGGGAUGCAACCCUACAGGCCCAAGCCGUGCCGAGCUUUCCCAUCUCGAUCGUGAAGCUGAAUAGUUCCGUACCUGCGGGCCCUCCAGCUCAUCUGCCACUCGAUGCAGAUCGCUGCUUACGUGGCGUUCGAGUCCUCGACCUAAGCCGUGUCAUCGCCGCUCCCGUGGCGGGCAAGACUCUUGCAGCUCAUGGCGCAAACGUGCUCUGGGUGACUUCACCACACCUCCCAUCGCUCCCAGAGCUUGACGUCGAUGUUCAACGUGGCAAGAGAACGGUUCAGCUUGACCUCGAUGACCCAUCGGAUGCAGACAAGCUCCGCGAUCUAGUGAAAAGUGCCGACGUAUUCCUCCAGUCAUACCGCCCAUCUCCACUGGCCGCUCGCGAUUUCAGCAGUGCCGAGCUCAUGAAGCUAAAACCCGGAGUCGUAGUGGCCAAUCUGAGCGCAUGGGGUAGCGAAGGGCCAUGGAAAGAAGCAAGAGGCUUCGAUAGUAUGGUUCAGACCGCCUCAGGUCUCAACGUGAGUGAAGCUUUACACUGCGGUGAUGAGUCUUCUGCGAAACCUCUACCUCUGCAAGCACUGGAUCAUGCUUCCGGGUAUCUGCUCGCCACUGGCAUUGCCGCUGCACUGUACAAACGUUCCAGAGAAGGAGGUAGCUGGGAGGUGAAUGUUUCCUUGGCUGGAGUGGGGAAGUUUCUGAGGAGUCUGGGUCAGGUUGAUGGGAAGGCUGGUUUUGAGGGAGAUGUGAGGAGACCUGAGGAGCUUAUUCAGGCGGACAUGAUGGAAGAGCGGAAGACUGGCUUUGGAACGCUGAGAGCUGUGAGGCACUCGGCUAGCAUCGAAGGAAUGAUGCCAGGUUGGGACGUUAUGCCGAAGCAUUUGGGUAGUGAUGAGGCUGUCUGGCUGUGA